AUGGAUAGCUUUCACAAGCCGAGUGCUUUAAGUUUUGACGGAAAUACAUCAGAAAAUUGGAGACGAUUUAAGCAGCAGUUUCAGAUAUAUUUAGUCGCGUCGGGAAGCGAAGACAAAGACGACCCGAUUAAAAUAGCCAUAUUGUUAAAUUUUGCCGGCGAAGAUGCUAUAGAAGUUUUCAAUACUUUCGAGUUUUCUGCUGGGGAUGAUAAGAAAUUGGAUAAGCUUAUCGAACAGUUUGAAAGGUAUUGUAACCCCAGAAAAAAUGUAGUCUUCGAGAGAUACCAGUUCUGGAAAAUUACGCAGAGAGAUUCAGAGACGGUUGACCAAUUUGUCACAAGAUUAAAGAACAAAGUAAAAUCGUGCGAAUAUACAUCGGUUGACGAUAUGGUAAGGGACAAGUUUGUGUUUAGUAUACAAGACUUAACUGUGAAAGAAAGAUUGUUAAGAGAAGAGAAACUUACACUGGAAAAAGCUAUAAGUAUGGCUAGAGCAGCCGAAGCGUCGAAGGGACAGAUUAAAGUCAUGAAUGCUAGGGCGCAGUCGAGCGAAGCAAAUCAGUCGGUAAAUGUUCUUCGAUAUGACGCCAAUCAAGGAAAAGGGCAGAUAGGUAGCCGUCGUGAAAAAACAAAGUCCGAAAAGUGUGGAUUCUGUGGUAUGGUUCACGCAUUAAGAUCUUGCCCGGCAUUCGGCAAAACAUGCAACUAUUGUAAGAAGACAGGACAUUUUGAGCGUGUGUGUCGAGCGAAGCAACGACAACGUGACUCUAGACUGAGAGAAGUGAAUGUCUUGGGGGAAUUCGAAGACAGCGAAGUUAGCGAGGAUGAUUUAUUGACAUUUUCAGUAGAGUCAAAUAACGAGGGCAGCUCAAAGAAUGACUGGCAUGGUCCAGCUUAA